AUGACGAAAAGGCUUCCUCUCAGUUGUGAAAACUGCCGACGGAGAAAGAUACGCUGUCUGGGAUCGGGUGUACCAUGCGAUACCUGCCGCAAGCGUGGAGUGGCGUCGUCAUGUCAGUUCAAACGCGACAUUGAACAAAAUCCUCAACGACCUGAGAUCAACCAAGACGUCCUUCUUCGGCGGAUAUCAGACUUGGAAAGUCUAUUGAUUCGAAAUAUUGAGUUGGCCUCGACCUCAAAUGGUCAACAUGAUCACGCUCUCCGAUCGCCCAUAUCACAGAAUGAUCUCCCUUCGCUUCACAACGAACCAUUUGAAAUCACCGUCUCGAGCUCUGGGGAUGAUCCCUAUUCGGAAUGCAAUAAUUUCGAGCUACAGCGUACAGAAGUCGGCAGUAUCGUUCCAUCCUCGUCGGGCCACGUUCGAUAUAUUCCUUACAGCACAUCUUGCGACUCUGAUGUUUUUCAUUCGCUGCAAACCAGAUCUCAACUUGAACCACCGUCUGGUGCCCUUUUAUUCACCGAUAAUAUCCCCAAUACACAGUCGCUUAUAGAUAUGCUACCUCCGUUCCGGCAUUGUGAUGAGCUUCUCACCAUCUUUCUCAACGUGUUCUCCCCCCUCUUCCAUAUCCUACACGAUGGGGUCUUCCAAUCAAACUACACCAGUUUUAAGAGUAACCCUCGAGCCGCUCCCACGUCUUUCAUCGGGUUGAUAUUCGUGUGCUUGGGGCUGGCUGUGACUGCCAUCGACAAAGAAAGUCCCAUCCUAACAGAUUUGGGUCGAGAGCCAUCCCCUGCAGAAAAUGUGAGAUUGUUGUCAACAAAGUACCGUGAGGCAGCGAUGAAAUGCUUAGCCGCGGACAAUUUCAUGUGGCAACACAACUUGCACACUCUACAGUGUCUCAUUCUGCUCAUAUAUGCCAUCAACCAUGCCCAGGGACCAGCCUGGGCUCUGCUUGGAACAACACUCAAUAUUGCCAUCGCCAUUGGGUGCCACGUUGAUCCUGCACUCUUGAAGCUGCCUGCUGUUGAGGUUCAAGAGAGGCGACGAGCCUGGGCAGGAUUGAUGAUGCUUCAUACCAUUCAAAACACCUGCUUGGGCAACCUGGCCCCAUUCCAAGUCAAUAAUAACGUCCAAUUGCCUGCAGACGUUGAAGAUGAGGAUAUUGUCUCUGAGGCAUUGCACGAAGUCAUGCAUGGGGGCGAACCGCUUCCGGUGCCACAUAAGCCGACGAAAAUGUCAUACAUUCUGUUCAAAUUCCGUCUGUAUUCGCUAGCAUCGGAUAUCUGCGCUUUGAGUAUAAAGGGGACCACGGCUCCCCCGGGCAAAAUCAAUGCGUUGGACAAUCAGCUCCAGACUGAACUGCAAGCCCAGGCAGCGCGCUUCUGUGAGCAACUUGAUCUGCCAACAUACCAUCAAGCCCAUUCGUUGAUUCUCAACAACUACACAAACCAUUUGGUGCUCCUCUUGCAUAGAAUCUGCCUCUUCAGAACGGAGAAACCCGGGGAGAGGAGUCUCACAUCAAGCCCUCACAAGUGUGAAACGGCUGCUCUUGCAAUCCUUUCAAACUAUGAAGAACUCAACUCGCGGGACGAAUUCAAACCAUACAGCUGGUAUAUCAAUGGUCUCGGGUCAUUCCACGCCUUUCUAGCAGUAUCAACCCUGCUGGUUCUACUAGGAAAGAUCCGAACUUCGCACAGUCCAAAACAUGUCAUAUUGCAAGCUGUGCAAAAUUGCCUCAGGCGAUUCCACGAAAAUGCACCAUACAGCGAUAUAUGUAACCACGCUUGCUCGAUAUUGGACGCAUUGAUGUUAGGAGAACCUUCUCACCUCACUCAAGUCUUCCCUAAUUCAGAGGAUGCAAGUGAUUGGGGGAGCACAGGCGGGUUUGGGUCGGGGACUGAGCCCAUGACCGUGGAUACCAGCUGUGUAUCCGAUACAUCUGACCCAAGCUUGUGGGCAUUACCAGAAAGCUUUGAGGAAAUCGUGGCGAAAAUACCAUGUGAGCAAUGGCUUUCUCCAGCAGCCUUUCCCUGGGCAGAUCGAUGCCAGAUCUAG